UAAAAUUAAAGUAUGAGUAACGCCCACUUCCUUCUACCCACAGCAAGUAAGUGCUGUGUGUGUACGUGUACGGCCGGCCGGUUGUAAGCUUCUCCUCUGUGCUGCUGAGCUACUAGCAUCAUGCCUGCAUCAGCACUCUUCAUCCUCGACUUGAAGGGAAAGUCACUGAUAUCGCGUGAUUACCGUGGUGAUGUGGACAUGGGUGUGAUUGACAAGUUCCUACCCAUGGUACUGGAUAUGGAAGAGGAGGGGAACACCUCUCCCAUCCUCAUACAGGAGAAGUCCACCUUUGUCUACAUCAAACACAACAACCUCUACUUGGUUGCCACGACGAUUAAGAAUGCAAACGUGGCUCUAAUCUUUCAGUUUCUGCACAGAGUGGUGGAGGUGUUCCAAGAGUACUUUCGUGAGAUUGAGGAGGAAAGCAUUCGUGAUAACUUUGUGCUCAUCUACGAGCUCUUGGAUGAGGUAAUGGACUUCGGUUACCCCCAGACCACAGAGAGCAAGAUACUCAAAGAGUACAUAACCCAGGAGGGCCAUCGUCUGGAGCUGACUCCUCACAUACCAGCUGCUGUCACCAACGCUGUCUCAUGGAGGAAAGAGGGAAUCAAAUACCGCAAGAAUGAAGUAUUCCUGGAUGUUAUAGAGUCAGUCAACCUCCUAGUGAGCAAGUCUGGUCAGGUGUUGCUUAGUGAGAUUGUGGGAUCAGUCAAGAUGAAGGUGAAGCUUACAGGCAUGCCAGAGCUGAGGUUGGGGCUCAAUGACAAGGUCUUGUUUGAACAGACAGGAAGGAAUCGGUCCAAAGCUGUAGAGUUGGAGGACGUCAAGUUCCAUCAAUGUGUGCGGCUCUCGAGGUUUGACAAUGAUCGCACGAUCUCCUUCGUGCCCCCAGACGGCGAGUUUGAGCUCAUGUCAUACCGUCUCAACACUCAAGUGAAACCACUCAUCUGGAUAGAGUCACACAUCGAGAGGCACUCGCACAGUCGAGUGGAGUACCUUAUCAAGGCCAAGGGUCAGUUUAAGAGGCGCUCAACUGCUAACAACGUGGAGAUUGUUAUCCCAGUACCAGCUGAUGCAGACUCCCCACGCUUCAAGUCAACGGCUGGUAUUUCCAAGUAUCAUCCUGAGAGCUCUACUCUUGUCUGGACUAUCAAAGCCUUUCCUGGUGGGCGUGAAUAUGUGCUGAGAGCUCACUUCGGUCUGCCCAGUGUGCAGUCAGUGAAUGAAGAAGGAAGACCACCAAUUAAAGUCAAAUUUGAGAUUCCCUACUUCACAACUUCGGGUAUACAGGUACGAUAUUUGAAGAUCAUUGAGAAGAGCGGCUAUCAAGCUCUGCCUUGGGUUAGAUACAUCACUCAGAAUGGAGACUACCAGCUCAGGACAAGUUGAACUGUCUCUCUGUGUCGCUUAGACUCGUUUUAAAUGUUUCUCUGUCUUUGUGUGUAGUUAUGUUACUGUAGCGAUUUCGAGAACUUGGUAGAACUGUGGUUUAUUAUAUAUACGUCAUAAUAAUAUGUACACAAUGAUUAUAAUUAUCGCUUCCACUAUGGUUUUAAUAAAAA